AUGCGAACGACGAUGUUGUCCAGAUUGGACAUUCAUCGCACCGAUUACCUGCGGCAAGCAGAAGAGUUGGCGCAAUUUACCCAAUCGACGGAGGUGGACACUCACUCGAAGAGUUUUGGACGCGAUGUGGUGAACACUGUCGAGGUUGCGCAGGAGUUCAAGGACAAACACAAAUCAAGACCGUCACUACCACGCACCGACACCCGGACUUGUUUCAAAUGUGGAGAAGUGGGUCACAUUCGCUCGAGGUGCCCCAAAAUGAAGAAGAAGCUCUCGGGUGCGAAUUUCGUUUUAGCGGUUGGUCACGGUGCGAGUCGCUCGCCCGGACAAUGGAUUCUCGACAGCGGUGCGAGUAGACAUUUGGUCAAUGACCCGAGUCUGCUGACUGAUCCGAUUGAUUGUCGCAGCGAGUGCAUGAAUGCAGCCACUGAUGGAAGUGCGCUGCGGAUCACCCUACAAGGAACUGUAGACAUCCAAGUCGUUGCACUUGGAGUCGUGAACACAGUGAGGCUCCUCAAUGUUCAUUAUGCGGAGAACCUCGAGCGUAACAUCCUUUCCUACGGAUUGCUCGAGGCAAAAGGUUGCGUACUUGAAUAUCGAGGAGGGAGGCGCGUGUUGUCUUCCGGUACGGGCGGUACACCCAUCAUGGAUGUGGAAUGCUGCAACAACGUGUUGGUUGUCGCGGUGACAAAUCACAGUGAUCGUAAUUCCAAGCCACCACAAGAAGCACUGAUGACUGUCGUCAAUCCACUUGAAUAUGAAUCCGAUUCGGAUGUUCUAUGCGGUAGCUUGAUGGACUUUCAUCGACGUUUAGGACACCUUUGUUUCGACACGAUCGUCAAGAUGGCGAACGAUCCGGCAUCAUGCAUCCGACUGACUGAUUCGACACGUCAAAAGUGUCUGGCCUGUGCCCAGGGAAAACAGACCAAGGGAGCCCAGUCGAAGAGAGAUACAGGCGCGAAUUCGCUAAUCGACGCGAUCGGGGGAGUCAUUUGUUCGGACCUUAAGGGUCCCAUGACCCCCCGAGAUCGUUUGGGAAAUCGGUACAUGGUCAACUUCAUCGACCACCGUUCGAGUUACUGUCGAAUAUUUUUGGCCAAGUCGAAGGAUGCAGCCGCGUCAAAGUUCAAGCUCUUCAUGGCAAACUUUGAGCGCGAGUUCAAUUGCAAGGUUUAUGUCUUACGCACCGAUGGAGGUGGCGAAUACAAGACACUCGAUUAUUUCUGCUCUUCGGAAGGCGUCUUGCGUCAAGUAAGCGAGGCGAAAAACCAAGCAAGCAACGGCAAGGCUGAACGGAUGCACCGCACUGUCAUGAACAUGGUGCGGAGUAUGAUCUUUGCAUCAAACCUGCCGCUCUCAUUUUGGGGUGAUGCUGCAGAGUACGCCUCGUACAUACUGAAUCGAAGCAAAACCAAGUCCAACCCCGGAUGUGCAUCGCCCUUGGAGAUCCUGACAGGCAAGGCUCCCGUGCUGACAGACAUUGUGGCCUUUGGUUCAACAUGCACUGCGCACAGAGACCCGAAGAGCAAGUCAAUCGGUGAACGAGGCAAGGCGGGCAUCGUCAUCGGACGAGGCAGCGAAACGAAGGGAUACAAGGUGUACAUCCCAGUGGAUAAGGUGGUCGUGGUGACUCAACAUGCUCAAAACAUUGAAGCACCACGGGAUGACCAGGAUGAGAGAAAGACCUGUCCAGACACGGCACGACGUCAGGAGAAGCCAGUCCCUGAUCAUCAGGCGGAUGAAGAAGAUCGGCAAGAUGGUGUGAAACGUGCGAAGCAGGUGGUUGAAGUGGACACCUCGGUGGACGGUUGCGACAUCGUGAACGCGAUCGUCGAGCAAGACUCGAAGCACUAUGGUGAGGCAAUGAAGAGUGGACAACGCGACCAAUGGCAGGUAGCCAUGACCGAAGAAUUGGACGCACUCGAGGCGAACGACGUCUGGAAGAUCGUAGUGCCACCAAGAAAUGCACACGUGUUGCACAACAAGUCGGUCUACAAAACAAAGACCGACGCGAACGGAGAUAUCGAGCGAUACAAGGCUCGACUAGUGGUUUGCGGAAACGAACAAGUCUUCGGCAUCGACUACAACCUCACGUUUGCGGCCGUCAUGGACUUAGUGACCGUCAAGCUAAUCCUGGUGCUCUCCAGGCGAUGGAACGUUCCCGCACGUCACGGGGAUGUUCCGAACGCCUAA